AUGAUCAUAUCCCACCACACUCGCUGCCCCUUCCGUUCGCUGUCCUGCUGCACUGCAGGUGUUCAGGACAUCCGAACAGUCGCAGAGCAGGCGGAAAACGAAUAUCGACUUCGACAUCUUCCCACCAUCCUCUUCAUGGACGAAAUCCACCGCUUCAACAAGAAGCAGCAGGACAUCUUCCUCCCCUCCAUCGAGUCCGGCAAGCUCAUCCUCAUCGGCGCCACCACCGAAAACCCUUCCUUUUCCCUCAACAAAGCGCUCAUUUCGCGCUGUCGCGUCAUCGAAUUGCAGCCGCUGAGCCGCUCCGAUCUUCUCCACCUUCUCACACGCGCCAUCACAGAGGACAUCUACAUCCAGAAAAGCGGCGCGGUUUUUUCUAGCGAGAUUUUGGAAAUAAUCGCGGAACGCUGCGACGGCGACGCGCGAAUGGCUUUGAAUUUGGCGGACGCCUGCGCCAGCUGCGUUCUGCACGCUCCGCAGAAGUGUGGAAACGUGGAAACCCUCACGGCUAGGGAGAUUUCGCGGGAAAUGGUGGAUAGUGCGAUGACGCAGCGGUUCGUUCGGUACGAUAACCGCGGGGAAGAGCACUACAACAUCGCGUCGGCUCUGCAGAAAUCGAUCAGAGGCAGCGACGUGCAGGCGGCGAUCUAUUGGCUGGCGCGGAUGAUCGAGGGCGGCGAGGAUCCGCUGUUUAUCGCUCGGCGGCUGCUGGUGAUGGCCUCGGAGGACGUGGGGCUGGCGGACCCGCACGCGGUGCUGCUGGCCUCGGCGUGCUACCAGGCGUGCAGCACGAUCGGACUGCCCGAGUGCGCGCUGGCGCUGACCGAGUGUGCUGCGUACUUGGCGCUCGCGGCCAAGUCGAACGAGGUGGCGCUGGCGUACAACCGCGUGCGGGAGCUGGUGCGGACGGGGGAGAACCCGCCGGUGCCGCUGCACAUUCGGAACGCGCCGAUUGAAAGCAUGGAGGAGCUGGGGUAUGGAGUGGGGUAUCAGUAUGGGUACAACAAGAACCAGACGUAUCUGCCGAAGCCGUACCAGGAGAAACGGUUCAUGGAUGUGAGUCGAGCUGUGACGGAUUUGAGGGAGAUUAGCAUGGAGAAGCGAGUGAAAUGUGGUGAUAGUUGAUGAUGGGUA